AUGAACCUGACACCCGAGCAACUCCAGAUCGUCAAAAGUCUAAUCAUUCUCGACGUGAAGCUGAUCUCAAUGGAAACCGAUCCUCUCAAGACUUCUUCUUCGAAUCUAUCAGAUCCAAACUUGCCUAUUAACUCUCUAUCAAACUCAACUUCAACACCAGAAGAUUCCACACCCAAUCAGUCUAAUCAAACCAGACCUGCCCCAAACCGUUUCACAUCUUUUCCAAGUCAAACAGUUCCCGAUUCUGGAUCACCUGUUAUCGUUCAAGAUCAUACCACCACGGUGCCAUCUAUAAUCAGACGUCGAGCUUCUUCUGUUGAUAUGGGUCGAAAGCUUUCCCCACAAGCUCAUUUCCCUCACCUUUCAAUUUCAACUGCCUCGGUUUCUACACCGACUACUUUGGUCACCCACGCUAAAGAACAGCCUGGGAAAGUUCACCGAUCUGAUACAUCUUCCUCGGUUGGCAGCCUGAACAAUCACCCGGGGCAGUGUCACUACAACCCAGAUUCGCCCGCCCUCAAUUCUCCCUCUACCAUCCAUAGUGUUAUUCCUCCCGAAGUGAGAGAAUACAUGCUUGGCAACCAAUUACCAAUCAGCCCGCUUACCCCAACUCAUUCGUCAUCUUGCGACCCGAUCGCUCCCACCGAGCCACCCACGUUUGCCGAAGCGACUCCUAUGCCAUCACAUAUCUCUUCAGCCUCAUUCCCAACCUCUACCUUGUUGUCUUCUCAGGCCCUACAAGAUUCUCACCAGUACGCAUCCUCAUCAUCAGAUCAACCCUUGGUCCACUCAAAAGCCAUUCAUCCCGAAUUUGAUUCAUCCAAUCAAGGCUUUGGUCCAUCGUCUGGCGUGGCACACUCCGCUGCACCACCAUAUUCGCAUCGGCCCACGAAAACCCCGACUAGUCCGCUUCUACCCCAACAAGCAUCAAUACCCAACCUUGGUGGAACGUCGGCCCCACCCACUGAAACUGUCUAUGCUGCUCAACCUAUGACCAAACGGAGAAUGCUGACACCAACCUUUUUGCCAUUCACGCAUAUCAAAGUAGCCAAUUCACAUAUAAGGGCAAAUGACAAAAGCAAGGAAGUCAUCUCAUUUUCAAUCGCCAUCAGUGUAGUCAUCCCACCUACAAGUGAUCCUGAAGGUAAAGGUGCGAAAGCAAGUUGGGUCGUAGAGAAACUUUAUUCGGAUGUCCUCUCCCUUGACCAUAUAGUCAAGUCGAAACAUUCUAAAGUCCAGAACCGUAGUUUGGCUCAACUCCCCGAUCGAGCUCUUUUCAAGGAUCACGCACCCAGUAAGGUCGAUGCCCGUAAGGCUGUGCUACAGAAGUAUCUUCAAAGCCUCUGUGCUGCUCAGCUAACUGAAAAGAGCGAUGUAUGCGAGUUCUUCAACUCAAAUAUCGUUGUUAGUGAGCGAAAUUCGACAUCGACCCGUCCAGGCUUCAUGCAAGGCUAUCUUACGAAGAAGGGUAGGAACUUUGGUGGAUGGCAGACUAGGUUUUAUGUCUUGGAAGGUCCUAUCUUGGAAUACUUUGACACGCGUGGUGGUAAUCGCUUAGGUCAUAUCGUCAUUACCGGAGCUCAAAUUGGUCGUCAGCAGCAAAGAUCACAAGAAACUACUGACGACUCAUAUCGUCAUGCGUUCCUGAUACGGAUGCAUAAACGAGAGAAGGAAGGCGAAAUUGAUCACAUCUUGUGUGCAGAAAGUGAUGAAGAACGUGAUGCAUGGGUAGAGGCCUUGACAUGCUAUGUAACCGGACGCUACAUCUCUGCCGAUCAACCCACUGCUCCUUCCACAUCCACGCAUAUGAACGACAUUCCCCGAGGAGAUAGUUCGGGUAAUGUACACCAGACCGAUACUGGCUCUUCUAAGAGACAAACAUCUUUGGAUACCACCGUUAGAGCUGAAUCAUCACAUCCACAUAAUUCACAUCAUCACUCGUCUUCUUCAACUGAUCAUCGUCCGGACGCCCGAGGCCGUCGAACAAAUUCUCAUUCAAAAGUCGAGUCUAUGGGUCAUAUGUCUUCGGCAUCUGAUGGGGUGAUUGGUCGUGGCCCAGCUCCUGCAGUUAUCGAAGAGCACGCCUUGACCGCUGAUGUAUCUAUUCCUAGCGUCGAACAGACAUCAAAGAAUGAUUCUUACGAUGGUCAUCGUUCUAUGAAUGCUAAUGUGGAUUCCAAAGAUAGACAUCGACCCCCUACUUUAGAUUCGCGUCAUUCCACUUAUCACCAUCCAUCGAAUCCUCCUGGACCUACAACGCCUCGACCAGUAUUGAAUCCCCGACUCAAUCAAUCUCACUCACAUUCUUCUCCACAGCAGGAGCAAGCCGCUUCUGAUGCCGAUUCAAUUGUCACUUCAGCUGAAAGACCCCCUACCCCUGAAUCUCAACAACGUCCUAAAAUCUCCGGACCUAUGAAUGGUGCUCCGAUCACCGGUGGUUAUCGCAUCAAACCACCCGAAGAGAAAAAGGCCAAGUUCCGGUCUGCAUUUUGGGGCUUCACUGGUAGGAAUGGUGUGACUGAUCGAAAAGAUUCACGAGAGCUGCAUAAUUCUGUCGGAUCCAAUCAGGGUACUCUAUUCGCACCAGCACCUCGCCCCGUGUUUGGUGUUUCCUUACAAGAAGCUGUUUCUGUGGCUCGUGUUCAUGAGGGAUUGGAUCUUCCUGCUGUAGUAUUCCGGUGUGUUGAAUUCUUAGAGGCGAAGGGAGCGAUUGAGGAAGAAGGCAUUUACAGGCUUAGUGGUAGCUCAGUUCACAUCAAGGCAUUCAAAGAGCGCUUCAAUACUGAAGGAGAUUACAAUUUACUCGAAUCUUCCAAGACUGAGUUCCAUGAUGUACAUGCUGUAGCAGGAUUAUUGAAACAAUUCUUGAGAGAGUUGGUUUCUCCAAUUCUCACUAGAGACCUUCAUCCUGAAUUCCUUAAAGUUAUUGAUCUAACCCAAAGAAGUGACAAAGUAAACGAACUUGGUCGUCUGUGCGCUGAGUUACCCUUACCGAACUACACCUUGCUUCGAUUUCUAUCUGCGCACUUGAUCCAUAUCGUUCAAAAUGAAAAGGUCAACAAGAUGAGUAUGCGUAAUGUAGGAAUCGUCUUUAGUCCUACUUUGGGCAUGCCUGCACCACUGUUUGCUUUACUCUUAAAGGAAUUUGACUUAGUCUUUAAUAUCGAGGGCGAUAACCGAGCACCUAUACGCCUUCCAGGAACUACUGAGCAGCCCUCACUUCCAUUGGCUACUGAUACGUCCAUUAAAAACAAGCGUAUGAGUCGCAAUUCCAUGCUCUAUUCGGCCACUGGUGCAGAUGUUUUGAUGGAGCAUACAAAACUACCAAGAGACAAAGCAGCAUUGGAAGAAGAGUCCGACUCGGAGGUUGAUUAUGAUUCAGCAUCUGAUCCAGAUGAAGACAGUUCAGCGCCAUCAAAACCAACAGAAUCUGCAACAAAACGACAAGCUCAAAAUCAUAAUAAUGAGACACAAAGACAUCAACCCCAUUCACGACAUCUACCAAAUUCACCUCAAAAUACACCUGAUUCAAAUCCCUUGAGACGUAGAGCAUCGGCUGAAGGUUUAUCAUUACGUGGACAGAGUCCAGAUCCAAAUCAAAUCAUUCCAUCUCCUACACCAUCUCCUAAUCAUCUUCAACAACAUCAUCGUUUACCUAACAUUAGAGCACAUGUAUCUGGACAUCAUGCAUUGGGUGUCUCUCGUAGUCCUACAGCACGUUCUAAAUCACCUAGACCAAAGACAGCUGGAGCUUAA